UUAUUACUCUACAAGAUGAUGCUAUUUUUUUUUUUUUGGUUAACUACUGGAUGAUGCUUAACACUACUUUCCCUUACCUCAACAUGUCAUAAUAUAUAUACCAACAAGAAAAAAGAACUAAAGUCUCCUUCAUAUUCCUAGCAAACUCACCUCUAAAAAUUUCUUCUGUCUAUUUCGUCAGCUAAAAAAUGUCAGCAUCGGAAACAACAAGGUCUCCGAUGGGGUUAUCGGAGACGAGGUCUCCGACGCCACUAUUGUUCCGGCGGCAUUCGAGCGGUGAAAUAAGAAAUUUAGCUUCACUUUCAAGCAGUCUGUUGCCAGCUUUUGGAACAGUGAUGGGUGAAAGCUCUGUUAGGCUUAAGAGAUUUGUUAUUGCUCCUUAUGAUCGUAGAUACAGAUUGUGGCAAACAUUUCUGGUUGUACUUGUGGUGUACUCCGCAUGGUCAUCUCCCUUUGAGCUAGCAUUCAGCAAGGCAUCGACCGGAGCACUCUUGCCUGUUGAUUUAGUGGUCGAUGCCUUCUUUGCUAUUGACAUUAUUCUUACUUUCUUCGUUGCGUACUUGGACAAAUCUACUUACUUGCUCGUUGAAGAACACAAGAAAAUUGCUUUCAGGUACCUUACACAUCUACGGUUUCCAAUGGAUGUAGCAUCAACUCUACCAUUUCAAACCAUAUACCGGAUCAUCAGCGGGAAAACGAGCCGAGCACAAGUCUUUGGCUUCCUCAACUUGCUAAGACUCUGGCGACUGCGCCGUGUUAGUAAAUUCUUCUCAAGAUUGGAGAAAGACACUCGAUUCAGCUAUUUCUGGACAAGAUACUGUAAACUUAUUUGUGUGACACUAUUUGCAGUGCAUUCAGCUGGGUGUUUCUAUUACUGGCUGGCAACACGAUAUCACAAUUCAGAUUCUACAUGGUUGGGAGUAAAUAUACCUGAUUUCAAGGCAAGAAGUAUCUGGCUAGGAUACACAUAUUCCAUGUAUUGGUCUAUUGUCACCCUCACAACAGUUGGCUAUGGUGAUCUCCAUGCUGUGAAUACUGAAGAAAAGAUUUUCACCAUUUUUUACAUGCUUUUCAACAUUGGCCUUACUGCCUACUUAAUUGGCAACAUGACUAACCUUAUUGUCCAUACCGCUGUCCGAACCUUCGUCAUGAGGGAUGCAAUCAAUGAGAUUUUGAGGUAUGCAAAGAAGAAUAGACUUCCAGAAGGGCUAAAAGAGCAAAUGCUGGCUCAUUUGACCCUGAAAUUCAAGACUGCAGAACUACAGCAAGAACAAGUUUUAGAAGAUUUACCCAAAGCUAUCAGAUCUAGUAUUUCACAGCAGCUCUUUCGUACCACUCUAGAAAAUACCCACCUUUUCAAAGGAGUCUCCGACGACUUUAUAGUCCAAUUGGUAUCAGAAAUAAAGGCAGAAUAUUUUCCUCCAAAAGUGGAUAUAGUUAUUCAGAAUGAGAUACCAACAGAUUUCUACAUUCUCGUAUCUGGGGCUGUGGAUGUUGUAACAUACAAGAACGGAAUGGAACAAUUUCUAUCAAAGUUGGGAUCUCAACAAAUGUUCGGAGAAAUAGGUGUGAUAUUCAAUAUCCCUCAGCCUUUCACUGUGAGAACUAAAAGGCUUUCCCAGGUUGUUCGUAUUAGUCAUCAUCAUUUCAAGCAAUUGGUACAGCCACUUCAAGAAGAUGGAAAAAUAAUCCUCACUAAUUUUAUUCAGCAUUUGAAGGGAUUGAAAAAUGAAGAGCUAGCAGAGAUGCCGCUAGUAUCAGAAUUUCUAGAUGACUUAAUUAACGAGGAAGCCUCACUGGAUGAAGACGGAGCUAAGGGCCAUGCCGGUCAAGUCCAUCAAGAAAAUGAUGUAGCCACAACUACUGACCUGUCAAAGAAACCUCCUACAAGAGUGAUAAUUCACGGAUAUCACCCGAAUCAUAAACCAAAAUCAGGUGGAAAUGGAGGAAAACUAAUCCAUCUUCCUGAUUCAGUUGAAAAUCUCCUAACUAUAGCAGAAAGUAAGUUUGGGAGAAAAGGAACCACUAUUGUCAUGGCCAAUGGCUCUCAAGUGGAGGAUUUGGCUGCUCUGCGAGAGGGUGAUCACUUGUAUAUAUUUUGAGUACUAUAAUCUUAUAUAUAGAGGAACAAAUCAAUGUACUGAAGAUAUAUAAUGUGUGUCCAUAGCCAUAUCAUUAGAUAUGAAUAAUGCGUAAGAGUAUAUUGAAGUGGACGGAGAAUAUAUGUGGUAAUGAGAUGAACAUAAUACCUGUUGGUGUAAUAUACACUACAAAAAAAGUUAAAUUACGGGGUUUAUUUACGGGGGUUAUUUUAA